UAGUCAAUGGUUCAACGUUGAACCAAUGUAAAUUGAGCAUAGACUAGGAAAGCAUAGGUAACUGCCACAAAAAAGAGCAUCGAAACUGACAGUAUAGUAUUCAUUAAAUAAAUGUUGACAAAUACCUACAUGCUUGUUUUGUUUUUAAGUUGAUUGGAUAACCUAGUAGAUAAUAAAAUUAUUUUUAAGAGUAAAAAUAACUGAAAACAGUGAAAAUGGAUAUUGACGCUGAUGUAAACAACGUGGCUUAUGUUGAAAUAAUAGAUGAUUCUCAAGCUAACAACACAGAAUCCACUACUAAAGAUCUGUCUGAGCAUGAGGAAUCCCUAAAUCAGGAAGCAAAAGCUAUAACAAGUGAAGGAAAUGAAAAACAAUGUGCCGUUUGGACAACAGAUGAUACUGAAAUUCUUUUAAAAACAUACGAAUCUAAACUUGAAAUGUUAGAAACGCCAAAAAAGAAAACAAGGAUUUGGAUUGCAAUAUCGGAAACCUUAAAACAGCAUAACAUCGAGGUUACUCCAGAUCAAGUUAGAUGGAAAAUUAAUGCUCUUGCUAAAAAAUAUAAGCAAUGUGUUGAAAGUGGCGAACAUGAAAAAUUCAGAUACUAUAAAGAAAUGGAUAAUAUUUACUUACAGUACAAUGUUGAAUGUACUGAUUACUCACUACUCAAUGCAGAAAAAACUGAUAAAAGACAGGCUCGUAAAAGACAAUUAGCUGAAACUGCAAAUGCAACUCCGUCUACUAAAUCUGCUACAGAGAGCAAGGCAAUGAUUGAGUUGAGAAAAGUUAGAUUAGCCAAUAGAAUAGAAGCUGAUAGAUCUCAAAGUAAAAUAAGUCUAGAAAAACAAUGGCUGGACUAUUUAAAACGACAAGAAGAACAUAAACGAUGGCGAGAUGAAAUUUUCGAAAGAAAUUUAAAGUUAAAAGAAGAGGAACUCGAAUUAAGAAAGAAGGAAUUAGCAAUGAAAGAAACGUUAGAGUUACAGAAACUGGAUUUAAAAGAACGUGAUCAAGACGAAAUGUUACAAAUUGAAAGACAAAAGUGUGAACUUUUGAAAAGAAUAUUUUCGCAUCAGAAUCAGAAUUAUGAUUGCUAAUUAGGUAGGUCAUGAUAUCUUUAGCGAACACCGAUGGCAAGUGAAUAUAUAUUGGUGCUAAUUCCUGUAAAUACCAUCUAAUUUUAAGUUAUAUCUGUCAUUUUCUUAUCCGCCGAAAAGGAAAGGGACGGGUAAUCGACAAGCAUAAAAUUUAUGGAACACACGUCGAU